CUCUGAUUACUUGUCAUUUUAAAUUUGACAGGUGAGAAUCAAUGAAGAUGUUUCAGAGCUGGUCAGCCAUUUUGGUUGUUGGAUUCAUUCUUCUGGAAUCAGAAGGAAGGCCAAUGAAAGAAGCUGGAUAUGGCCUUAAGUUCUAUCAACCUCUGCCAAGAUUGCGACAUAAGCAGGAAAAAAGUCAAGAAAGUUCAAGAUUCAAAGAAUUUCUGAUUCCGGACGACCCUCUUGGGUCUUGUAAGAGGAAGUACUGUGGCUUAGGAAGGCACUGUGUGGUCAGCGGAGAGACCAGGCGGGCAGAGUGCGCGUGCGUGGAGCUCUGCAGCCCUCACCGCAAACCCGUGUGCGGCUCCGACGGAGAGCUCUACGAGAACCACUGCGAAGUGCACCGGGCUGCCUGCCUGAAGAAGCAGAAGAUUACCAUUGUGCACAGCGAAGACUGCUUCUUCAAAGGGGAUAACUGCAGGACCAAUGUAUACAGCAAGAUGAAAAGCAUGCUUUUAGAUUUACAAAAUCAAAAAUAUAUCACGCAAGAAAAUGAAAAUCCUAAUGGCGAUGACAUAUCUCGGAAGAAGCUGUUGGUGGAUCAGAUGUUUAAAAAUUUUGAUGCAGACAGUAACGGACUUAUAGAUAUUAAUGAACUAACUCAGGUGAUAACACAGGAGGACCUCGGCAAGGAUCGCCCUGAAUGUACUCUGUAUGACCUGCUGAAGUUUGAUGAUCUCAAUGCUGACAAGCACCUGGCACUGGAAGAGUUUUAUAGAGCAUUCCAAGUCACCCGGCUGCACCUGCCCCGCGACCAGCGGCUGCGUGUCUCAGCGGCCACCGUGGGCCAGAGCGCUGUGCUGAGCUGCGCUGUGCAGGGCGACCCACGCCCGCCCAUCGUGUGGGAGAGGAACCGCGUGGUGCUCAACGCCCUGGACCUGGAAGACAUCAACGACUUUGGAGAUGAUGGGUCUUUGUACAUCACUAAGGUCACCACCACGCAUGCGGGCAACUACACCUGCUAUGCAGCUGGCUACGAGGACAUCUACCAGACGCACAUCUUCCAAGUGAAUGUGCCUCCUGUUAUCCGUGUGUAUCCCGAGAGCCAGGCGAGGGAGCCCGGAGUGACCGCCAGCCUUAGGUGCCACGCCGAGGGUAUCCCAGACCCGGAGCUCGGCUGGCUGAAGAACGGGAUGGACAUCACACCGAAGCUGUCCAAGCAGCUCACCCUGCAAGCCAACGGCAGCGAGGUUCACAUAAGCAAUGUGCGCUACGAGGACACAGGAGCCUACACCUGCAUCGCAAGGAACGAGGCCGGCGUGGACGAAGACAUCUCUUCUCUGUUUGUGGAAGAUUCGGGCAGGAAAACCUUAGCUAACAUAUUAUGGAGAGAAGAAGGUCUGGGAAUUGGGAACAUGUUCUAUGUUUUUUAUGAAGAUGGAAUCAAAGUGAUACAACCUGUGGAAUGUGAAUUUCAGAGGCACAUUAAGCCCAGUGAAAAGCUCCUCGGAUUUCAGGGCGAGGUCUGCCCCAGGGCCGAGGGCGAAGAGGGGCAGCAGCGCUGCGUGUGGGCCUCCGCCGUGAACGUCAAAGACAAAUUCAUUUAUGUCGCUCAGCCAACUUUGCACAGAGUCCUGGUUGUGGAUGUGCAGGCCCAGAAAGUGGUUCAGGCAGUGAGCACGGACCCGGUCCCCGUGAAGCUGCACUACGACCGAUCGCACGACCAGGUCUGGGUGCUGAGUUGGGGCAGCAUGGAGAAGACGUCCCCCACCCUGCAGGUGGUGACCCUGGCCAGCGGGAGUGGACCGCACCACACAGUGCACACGCAGCCCGUGGGCCGCCAGUUCGACAGGGUGGAUGACUUCUUCAUCCCGGCCAGUACCCUGCUCAUCACCCACGUGAGGUUCGGAUUUAUUCUCCACAAGGAUGAGGCUGCCUUACACAAAAUCGACCUGGAGACCCUGUCCCACGUGGGUGUGGUGGACCUGGGGGCGCACGGCUGUGUGCCCCACGCGCUGGCCUACUCGCACCUGGGCGGGUACUACUUCGUGGGCUGCAGGCCCGACGCCUCAGGCGUGGCGCCCCGGCAGCUCGUGGUGGACGGCGUCACCGACGCGGUCCUCGGGCCCAACGGGGACGUGAGGGGCACGCCUUACGUGUCCCCCGACGGCCACUUCUUGGUCAGCAUCAGCGACGCCGAGGGCCUGGUGCGCGUGCAGCACAUCUCCGUCCGCGGCGAGGUGCGCGAGGCCUUCGCGGUGCACACCACGCUGCACGUGGCCGACCUGGCCUUCCAGCCGUCCUUCGCGGCCGCUCGCCAGUACACGGCCUACGCCAGCUCGGGCCGCGGUGCACACGUGCUGGCCGUGGACCUGGCCUCGGGCCGGGUCCAGAUCAUCGAGGGCCUGAAGGAGCCGCUGGCGCCCGAGCAGUGGCCCUGGGACGCGAAGACCAGGCCGAUCCGGGCCAGCGGCCUCUUCGGCCAGUACCUGAUGACGCCGUCCAAGGACUCCCUCUUCGUCCUGGACGGGCGGCUCCACAAGCUGAACUGUGAGAUCACCGAGGUGCCGAAGGGCAACACCGUGGUCUGGGUGGGCGAGGCCUAGGCGCCUCCGUGGGCCCUGCUGGGAGCACAGUCUUUGCCCUUAACCCGUGGGUCAGGCCCGUAGCUUACCUUUCAGAGCCUGUGUCCCGGUCAAGCAGAAGGCACUGGCAGGCCCACGUGAGUAGAUCGCUUCUGACAAACACAUUGGCGGAAACAUUGCCUGAUUAGACACGCUGGACACAGUGUCUAAUGAGAAAUGAUAUUACCUAGAAGAUUCACACGUGUACUUAGGUUUUCGGCCCAUAAAAUACUAUUUAAAUGCUUUAAAAAAAAGUAACCUGCAGGGAAUUUCAGAUGAUGUGAACAUCAUUUAAUUUUGAGGGUAGUUUGUCUAAUAUUUCCCUCUAUUUUUCUGGUAUAGUAAAGCCAGAAAUGAAAGGUAGUGUGGAACUUUAAAAUUCUUAAUUCAAAAUAUUCUGUCCACCGUUUAUAAUCUUUUGUGCCUUGAAGGGAAUGUCACAGGAGGAACAGGAAGACCGAAAGCUGCGCACUGAACACCCUCAUAGCUAUAAAUCUGUUGUUGAUUAAAAAUGCUUAAUAUCUCUUGGGCCAAAUCCUGCCUUCAGUUGUCUGCUGGGCCCUCUGUGAAAUUUCUUUUGAAGGCACAAACUGGCCUGAGGUUGCACACAGGUGACAAACCGUAUCUGACACUUACUGUAUAAUCUGCAGCAUGCUAGAGAAAGUGGAGAAGUAGGGAGGGAAAAUAAACAUGAUAAAAAUGUUUGCAAUGUAUAUCCCACUCAUUUUGCUUUCAAUCACUAGAGUGCAUUAUAUUUUUAACACUAGUUUGUCUGAGAUUCCAGCUGCAUACAGAUGUUUUCUUCACUGCUAGCAGAAUAGAUUCUUUUCGUGUAGCUCAGUGUUCCACAGUCAGGAGCUUUCCAUCUAAAAAAGAAGCAUCAGCUGUGUCUGCUUAGAAUAAAUCAAAUAUAGGGAAUUAACACCAGCGAGGAAAAGCCCAGCAAGGGUCUCAUGCUGGAAAGAGUUCGUGAUCGGAAUUAGGAACCAGGGGAUAGCUCCAUGGUGGUCAAGGAAGGUGCACUUCUCCAUUGCUUUCGCUAUUUAAAUAUAAUGCAUCAAAGAACUUCAUUCUUGACAAUAACCUUCAAUGAUGUCUUCUAUCCAACUCCUACAUAAUCCUAAAACUAUCUUCUCACUGUGUGCUGCUGUUGGAAACCUAACUAAUCCUUUUAUGGAAGACACUGCAGAGAAGUAAAAAUUAUUGCUUCUUCCAUUUUUUUUAAAGAGGGAAAGGGGAGAAGGCCCGUAGUAGAUUAACACUAGAGAGUUGGCUUGUGGAGAUAAGCAGCUGAUUUUCCAGGCUUAAACUAGCAGCUUACAUGGUUGAAGACAUUUCUUACUUCUAACUAUUGCUAAAAAUGCUACUGGGCUGUUGAAAUGACCUCCACUUACUGAAGGUAAUCCAAUAAGGUCUUUUUCUAAAUACAAAUUUUACUCAAGUUAAAAUUGUGUAAAACUGCAUAGAAACCUGAACUUUUAUAGUGUGUAAUAUCUUAUGUGUAUAUAGCACCCUGAGCUGUGUGAGGCAGUAGGUUCUUCUUAGCUUAAGAAAACAUGGGAGGUAAAUUUAACAACUAAAAUCAGCCUCUGUUUCUACUUAUUGAAUCUGCUUUACUUUCUAGUAGUUUUCUCCUGUGUGAACACGCACCAGAGAAAGUGUCUGUGACUCGAUGAUUAAUAUGUCUGUCGCAUACAUCCUUCUUCCGUAACGUACACCACGUGGCUGCUGUCUGUAGACAUUGCUUGAUGAACUAAUAAACCUCUUACAUUUUAA